AUGGAUGAUAAUGAUUUAGGCGAUUUUGGAUCCGAUCCUUAUGAGUUCGGCAAUGUGAUUGGCGAUGGAGAUCAACCCUUGUACCCUAAUUGUAGUAAGUACACCAAGUUGUCGGCAUUAGUGAAAAUUGUUAAUACUUCAAGGAGAAUUGCUUCCAUAAGGAAAUACAAUACCUUCUUGAAGGAGUAUGAACAUUCAACUCAUUGUCCUACUUAUGGAAUCUCAAGAUGGAAGGAAGGCAAAGAUUCAAUCUUGAAAGAGGGUGUCCCAUCAAAGAUAGCUAAGAGUUUGAUUUGGCAUGCUGAUAAAAAAGCAAUUGAAGGUUAG